UGCAUCCAUGUCAAGCUUAUUGCCUCAGCAACUCUGGGGUCAGGAGUCAAGAAUACAAUAUGACAAGACUGAGACUGAAGGCAGAUCUCCUAGAAGUGAUUGAGCAAAACAAACCAAGGAGACGGACAGAACAGAACCAGGAUAAGCGAAGAAGUAUCCAAGAGAACCAAUGGCUGAUGACUCGUCAUGGACGCUGCCGGGCACAGUGCAAGAGCUGGCAGCUACCGUGCAGGAGCCGCCGAGCCGGUACCUUCUCCCGGAGCAAGACCGGCUCGGUGGCCAGCAGCUGGCCGGUGCAGAGAUGCCGGAGCCCGUCCCGACCAUCGAUCUCCGCCGGCUGUUGGCGUCCGACGGUGCCGGGGAGGAAGUCGCCAAGCUGCGCUCAGCGCUGCAGAGCUGGGGGUUCUUCCUGGUUACUGGCCAUGGCAUAGAGGCCUCUCUGAUGAACGCUAUGACUGCUGCAUCACGAGAAUUUUUUCGACAACCGCUCGAGCAGAAGCUAGAAUACAGCAACCUGAUUGAAGGGAAGCAGUGGCAGUUAGAAGGGUACGGAAAUGACCCGGUGAAAACCCAGGAUCAGGUCCUGGACUGGUCCGAUCGGCUGCAUCUAAGGGUUGAGCCGGAGGACGAGAGAAAUCUCGCCCGUUGGCCUGGUCAUCCGGAAUCUUUCAGGGAUCUUCUGCACGAGUACACGCUGAACUGCAAGAGAGUCAAAGACGGGAUCCUUCGUGCGAUGGCCAAGCUUCUGGAGCUCGACGAGGAUUGUCUCAUCAACCAGUUCGGCAACAAGCAGGGUUCCACGUACGCUAGAUUCAACUACUACCCUGCCUGUCCGAGACCUGAUCUCGUCCUCGGCAUCAGGCCUCACUCCGACGUCUGUGUCCUCACGCUUCUUCUCAUGGACAAAGACGUUGGUGGGCUGCAGGUUCUCAGAGACGGGACCUGGUACGGUGUGCCGCCUGUGCGUGACUACGCCUUGCUGGUUAACGUAGGCGUUUCAAUGGAGAUAAUGACCAAUGGGAUCUUCUGGGGCCCAGUGCACAGGGUUGUGACUAACUCUGCGAAAGAGAGGAUUUCACUGGCUAUGUUCUAUGCUGCGGAUCUCGAGAAAGAGAUCGAGCCGAUAGCUGAACUGUUGGAUGAGAAGCAACCGGCACGGUACAAGAAAAUCAAGUGCAAGGACUUCGUGGCCGCUCACUAUGAGCACUUUUCUAAAAGAGAAAGAGUUAUCGAGUCGUUAAAGAUCUAGGUAUGGUGAGGUAUCAAUAAGGGGAUGCAUCUACUGGUACGGUGGUGGAGUCAUGGAGUACGGCUUGCUCAGUAGGAUUCAAAUCCUAUCACCCAAGCUUCGUAGUAUAAUACCAAUGGAAAACAAAGGAACUGUGAACAUCAAGGGCAUGUGCUCCGUAAAACAUAUAUU